GAACCAGAAAUACAAGAUGAUAAGGACCAGCCUCUCUAUGUAAAUGCCAAACAGUAUAAUCGAAUCUUAAAACGGAGGCAAGCUCGAGCCAAACUAGAAGCCCUAGGAAAAAUACCAAAAGAAAGAAAGAAGUAUUUACACGAGUCACGGCACAAACAUGCCAUGAAUCGAGUUCGUGGAGAGGGUGGAAGAUUCUUAAGACGAAAAGAA